UAAAAAGAGAAAUUGGAAGAAAUAUCUGGUAAAAGAUCAGCUCUAUUAAGCGAUUGUCAAAAAAAUAAAUUCGUGUGGCCCCGCAGUGCCUAGUGAAUGUGGUUUUGUCUUCAUAUUGAAACUAGUCGGGAAUGGGCCUCAUAUAGUGUAAGACGGAUGAGACUUAUAUUCAGAAAUGUUGGAAAAGAGUGAUCGCCGUCUUCGAUUAAAAAAUGUUCAUGGGAAGAGUGUUUGUGUGGUUCGUGAAGUGUAUCGUAGGGAAGAUAUCCCCUGUCAGAGUGAAGCAUGUAUAGCCAGAUGCCAGAACACAACAAUUACAUCAGGUCCCCCGACUCUGCUGCCAAAAGAUAUUACCCACUAUGUAAUACCGGACCCCCAGACAGCACGAGAGUAUCUGGAGAUAUUUGAAAGUCACCAUAUCAGGGGCAUCAUAUUUACACAGACAGCAGCUCAUAGUGUACAACAUGAUGGCAGCAGGAGGCUUCACUCGCGCUUGAAGAACCUUAUAAAGGAUCGCAGGAGGGGCUCAGUCAUCUUUCAUAAUGAAUUCCAAACCUACGCCUACUGUGAGAGAGAGCCAGGCGAGAAACUAAGUCAUUGGCACGUCAGAGCUACCUAUAAGACAGCAGAUUGGUAUUUCAACCACCUGGCAGCUAGUAUUCCAAUUGUCAUGGUUACCAGUGAUGAACAGUUUAUCCAUGAUUUUGGCCACAAGACACCUAACCUGUUUGUGCUGACAAUGCGAGACUACCUAGAGGGGUUUUGGGCCCAGCUUGUCCCAGAGAUCAUGGAGCUGUAUCAGUCCCUGCAUGACUCCUCCAAGAACAAGACCAAGGAUGUAUGCGAGUAUGUGGGUUACCUGCCAGCUGACAUUCUGGCUGAGGGGUUGAAGACUGGAAAGUACAUCCAGGGAUUCAUUAACGUCAACAAGAGCAACUCUUUACAAGAGGCCUUCAUACGCAGGGCUAAGAAGGAUCUCACAGAGGACUCUGGGUCUGACAUUUUGAUUUCUGGGAUGGUGGCUCGUAACCGGGCUGUGCACGGGGACCUAGUGGUCAUGGAGCUGCUUCCACGUGCACAGUGGCAGGGACGAUCCACGGGCAUACAAAAUCCAGGUGAGAAAGGAUCAGGUGACAAUGCAAAUGUUAGUGACAUGAUGCCGACAGGGCGAGUUGUGGGAAUUACCCAAAGAAACUGGCGGGAAUAUGUGGCCUGCUUCUCACAGGAUGAGGAGGUGGGCCGCGGGGACAAAAAAGCUGGCAAGCUGCUGGUGAUACCCUGGGACUAUCGGAUACCCAAGAUCCGCAUCAGUACCAGACAGGUGGAUGCCCUUAAGGAUCACAGGAUCAUAGUGCGUAUAGACAGCUGGGACAUAGACUCCACCUACCCCAAUGGUCAUUUUGUACGGAGUCUCGGGAAGAUAGGCGACCUUGAGGCGGAAGUGGCAGCCAUCUUGGUAGAAAAUGACAUCAGAGUCCAAUCUUUUUCAGAGGCACAGUUGUUGGAGAUGCCAGUGGACACUCCUUUAAGCCCUUGGACAAUGGACUCUGAAGAGGUAACAAGAAGACGUGACCUGAGGGAGUCCCAUCUCAUCUUCAGUAUCGACCCCAAGGGCUGUGAGGAUGUGGAUGAUACACUCUCUGUCAGGACUUUACCAAAUGGUAACACAGAACUAGGUGUCCACAUAGCAGAUGUGACUUACUUUGUUGAGCCUGGAUCCCUAACAGACCAGGAGGCCCAGAGCCGCUCCACCACUGUGUACCUCGCUGACCGCCGGUAUGACAUGCUGCCUGGGGUACUCAGUGCUAACUUGUGCUCACUGGUCAGUGGGGUCGACAGGUAUGCAGUGAGUGUGAUAUGGGAGUUGGACAGAAACUAUGAAGUGGUUGAUGUCUGGUAUGGCCGCACUGUCAUACGCUCACAGUAUAAACUGUUCUAUGAGCUAGCUCAGGCCAUCCAUGAAGGGAUAGUGGACGCUGAGGUGGUUAGAAGCAUUCCAGAACUACACAACCUCUGGGGCACAGAACUGGAUGACAAGGUUCAAGAGUUGCGAGAGACAGUUGACCGUUUGAUGCAGGUAGCUAGGGGACUUAAGUCUCGACGUGUGAAGGGUGGGGCUCUUGAACUGGAGAGUGUGGAAGUGCAGGUCCAACUGAGUGAAACAAAGAGUAUUGAGAAUCUCAACCCAAAACAGCACCUUGAGGUACACGAUACCAUUGCUGAAUGCAUGAUCUUUGCCAAUCACUGGGUGGCUAAAAAAAUAGCUGAGACAUUCCCGAACCAGUCACUGUUGAGACACCAUCCAUUACCCAAAGAGGAGCAGUUUACAAACCUGAACAACUGUGCAGCCUCGAGGGGGUUUGAAAUAAAGACGUCUACAAACAAGGAACUGGCGGAGUCACUGGACAGAUGUGUGGACUCAAAGGACCCCGUUGUCAACAAAAUUCUGCGGUCCCUAGCCACCCAAGCCAUGUCUAACGCCGCUUACUUCUGUACUGGGGUGCUACCCAGGGAUCAGUUUUUCCACUAUGGACUUGCUCUUGACAUGUAUACACACUUCACCUCACCCAUUAGGAGAUAUGCAGAUGUCAUUGUACACAGACAAUUGUUAGAGGCUGUGGCCAAUGAGAAGAAAAAGACAACCCUACCCUCCUGUACAGAGCUGGAAUCUCUUAGUCAGCACAUCAACACCAAACAUAGGGCAUCUCAGUAUGCCCAGCGUGAGUCCCAGGAGCUAUUCCAGUGCUUGUUUUUUCGUGGACGAGGUACCGAGGAUGAUCAGUGUGUUGUAGAUGCUGUUAUCUUCCAGCUCAGGGUCAAUGGAGUGCUUGUCUUUGUUCCAAGGUAUGGCAUCAAGGGUCCUGUGUAUCUGCGGAGCAAGCAAGGAGAGGUUGUACAUGUAGGGGAGGAUGGGGCAGUGGAGUGGACGGCUGGACAGGUCAUCAAGAUGACUACACAUGUCAUGGUCGACUCUGUGCUCGGUCAGCAGAAAUAUGACCUCCUAGACCACAUCACAGUGAAGUUAAGCCUACAGGACUCCUGGGCCCAUGCCUCCUCCCUGAGACUUGAGCUUGUCUCUAAUCUUCCCCUUAAACAGCAGCCAGCCAACAUGGAGACAGUUGCCAAGCAACAGAAGGCUGACAUUAUACAGGAGGUGACCAGUGAAGCUGUAGAAAAGAGACUACAGCUGGAGUCAUAUGAUCUCGGCCAGAACUUCCCUCAGCUCAAACAGGAGUAUGGCCAAUCUAAAUCAAGUCUGUACGAGAUGUUUUCAGACCUACGCACUUCAGCGUUACAGCCACCCACAACAUAGUGGAUGGCUUGGGGCAUAAAGUAUUUUCAGAAAGAAUUUGAAUUUGCAGCUCUUGCUUGCAGCUGAUUUAAUAAAGAGCAAAGCAGACUUGCUGAGUGAGUCUAUAAGCUACAGCUAAUUUAUAAAGGAUAAGGGCAACAUAUGGUGCAAUAGCACUGGAAACUCUUAUCAUAAAAAGGUCAGACUUGGUUCCCAAAGGAAUUUCCUGAUUGCAAAUGUUUGAGCUAUUAGGGAGGCUGCAGUUUGUCUACUGGAGUCAACAGACUGGUUCAGUCACCUGGGUGUCAAAGAAAGAUCUGUGGAAAAGAUCAAGGCUAGCCACAUUCUCCUAAAAUUGAAUAUAGAUUAUGUUUGGUCUUACUUUAUAAACUUGUAAUUCAAUAUUAGGACAGUAUUAAAUUGGAAAAAAAUUUAAUCUACAAACUGAAGAAUCUCCUAACUUUGUUUUAGAAUUUAUUUUGUGCGCAAUAAAAUGUUUUACAUUUGAAAAUGUU